AUGAGCAAUGAAUCCAGACUAUCAAUAGACAGGAUUUAUGGAACAUCUUCAAACAAUCAGCUUAAUAUAGCUACUUCCACCAAUUUAAUAGCAUAUAUUGCAAGCGGUGGUGUUGUUGUUGCAAGAAUUGACAAAGAAACAGGUUCAUUAUCAUCAGAUCAAAGAUUUUUCUGUGCUUAUAACGCGUCAAUUGGUACAAAUAAUAAUAGUAAUAGUGCAAAUGCUUAUUUAAAUUUGAUUCAACCUCAACAAUCACAAGAUGAAAGAGAUCAAUAUGGAAAUUUAAAAUUGUCAAAUACAAUUACUAUAAGUAAUGAUACAGCUGUUAGUAAUCAAUUGGGUGAUCUAUCAUUGAAUUCUAGCUCACCGGCUAGACAAAUUCAAAAAAUUAAGGCUAUUACAUGUGUUGCUAUAUCACCAGAUGAAAAACUUUUGGCUAUUGGUGAAACUGGUUCCCAACCAAGAAUCUUAAUAUUUUCAUUAGCACCUGAUUCAAAUGAUUUCCCAAUAUUAAGUUUAACAGAACAUAAUUUUGGUAUUUUAGCUUUGAAAUUUUCACCAAAUUCUAAAUAUUUAUUAAGUGUUGGUGUUAAUCAUGAUAGUUUCUUGUAUUUGUGGAAGUUGAAUGGACCAAACACUUCAAUAGUUGGUGCUAAUCGUUGUACAUCACAAAUCAAUGGUAUAUUAUGGCUAGAUAAUCAAUUUGUGACUUAUGGGAUAAGACAUAUCAAGAUUUGGAAAUUUGAAGAAUUUGAAACAAAAUCAAUGAUUGAUGGUAAGAAUGUCAUUUUAGGUGAUUUCUUAAAUGGAAAUUUUGUUUAUGCUACAGGUGAUGAUAUUGAUGAUUUGUUAUUAUUAUCAGCAUCUGGAGAACUUUGUAAAUAUGAACCAGCAAGUAAUGUUUUGAGUGUAAGACAUACUUUCAGUGAAGAUGAUGGGAUUAUUGGUUCAGUCUUUAAAGAUUCUUUCAAUGGUAAACUUUGGAUAGGUUCAGAUCAUAUACACUCAUUAGAUCUGGGUGAUUUCCAUGCUGAACUAACUAAGAAUUUUGAUAAAUCAUUAGAAUCACCAACAAAAGCUAAAUUUGAUCCAAAAAUUUCUGCAAUUGAUCAAAUAAGUGAAGAAUAUUUAAUUUUUUUAACAUCAGAUGAAGAAAUCCAACUUUUUGAAACCAAAACAUCUCAAACAAGACAUUUAAUCGAUAUAGUAUCUAAAAGUAUAUCAGGGGUUAAGAUUGCGUCAAAUGGUCAACUUGUUAGCUGGACUAAAGAAGGUGUUGUGAAAGUUAUCAACAAAGAAACUCUUGAUAUCAGUCUUCUUGCAAAUGUCAUUAUCGAAGAAUUACCAAAUAAGGUUAUUUCAAAUCAUGUUACUGCUUUAGAUCUGACUCAAGAUGGGGGAGUCAUAGUGGGUGAUGCAUAUGGUACUAUAUCAAUUUUCGAUUCAGAUAGUAAAUUAGUCUUCAGUACACCAUCACAUGAAUUUACAAUUAAUGGGCUAACUUAUUUCACAAUUGAUAAAUUUGAAAUCAUUGUUAGUAUCGGAAGAGAUCGAAUGAUACAAGUUUUAGCUAAACGUAUAGAAAAUGAAGAUGGUUCCAAAGAUGAAGUUCCAGAAAAUGAUGAAAUUACCUAUGAAUGGUCGGUUUUCCAAACCUUAGAUGAUCAUAGAGGUAAUUUAUUAAAUUUGAAAUAUAACGACAACAAGAUCUUUGUUAGCUCUGCAGAUAGAUCAAUCUCAAUUCAUAAUUUUAAUAUUGACCCAGAGCAAGGUUUAGUUAUUACUAAAGAAAAGACUAUUUCAGUUAAAAGCUCACCAUUAGCCAUGACUUUACACAAGGGUGAUUUAAUAAUAGCCACUAAUGACAAAAACAUUACUGUUUAUAAUGGUGAAACUUAUGAAUCAACAAAAUCAUUUAAAUUAUAUGAUCAUGAUAAUGAAACAUUAUUGAUUGAUAAUUUACAAAUUACACAAGAUAAUUUAUUAAUAUGUUCCUGCUCAGAUAAAAGUAUUAGAGCUUUUAAUUUCUUGAAUAAUAAGCAAGUUUCAGUAAAUUAUGGUCAUUCUGAAAGUAUAAGUGAACUUGUUUUAGUUUCACCAACUCAUUUAAUAUCGUUGAGUAAUAGUGGCUGUUUAUUUGCAUGGUCAUUACAUUCAAAACAACAACAACAACAAAACUCACAAGACUCCAAUCCUAAAGGUACAAUUCAAAAAUAUAAUGAAUUAGCUACCCCACCAAAAGUUACAAGAAAGAUUAAGAAACCAACAAGUAUUACACCGUUAUCUAAAAGACAACCAAUUUCACCUUCAAUCCCUAGAUCACCAAUAAAUUCAAGAUUACAAUCAACAACACGUAUGACACCAUCCAAGUUGUCAAGCUCAACAAAAACUAAUUUAUCACCAUCAACACCUAAAAGUUCACCAAGACCAGUAUCACCAAGACUUAUAAGUUCACCAUCAACACCGACCACAGUUAAACAAAAUCAUAGAUCUUCAAUAAUGGUUAAUUCCAAGACAAGACUUUCUGAACAACAAGGUAAGAUUAAAGUUGAAGAAGUUAUAAGUAAUUUGAAAAGGUUUAAAGAAAAUAUUGAAGAAUAUUCAUUAGAAGAUGUGGAAUUAGUUAAAAGAGAAAUUAAUGAAAUUUUCGAUACUGAGGAACAAUUACUUAUUAAAUAUAAUUCACAAAUCAUAGGUAAAAUGUGUGAUUUAUUUCAAAACAAGGAAAACGUGAAUCCAAAUACAACUAAGUAA